CCCGACAGUCCCUGUUAAACCAAAAGGAUCUUCGUAAUGAAAUAUUUGGAAUUUAAACCUAUCUGAUUUGUUCGAAACUGAAGUACAGUGUCUGGAAAUCAAAAGAAGUUGACAAUGACAGCCAGUGGGAAAGAAACCACAAAGAGAGACGCAACCUCCCAGCAGGUUGCAGCGCGGUCCCAAGAAGAGCUGGGGCAGCAUAUAGAACAAGAAGAGCAUUACUCAAGUGCGAACGCGCAGGCUUCUGUCAACCUCAACAUCUUCGCCGCUCUUUCCGGCGCUUUCUCAUCAAAAACGAAAAAAAAAACCAAAUCCACCCCCAAUAAGGACAGAUCCACCACAGACCGUAGCACAGAGGAGAAUCACUCAGUCGGCCACGCACGGGGUGUUGGGUUUGCCAACAUGAAUGCGGCGGCUGCUGCGGAGGCGAAGGAGGGACGAAGAAAUAUUAAGCAGAGAGCGGAGAUGGAAGGGCAGAGGAUGGUGGAGGCGAGGGUUGAUCAUCUUGGGAUUGAGGGGCCGAAAUGAUCGAGUUCAGGGGUAUGUCGGGAAUGGAGCUUCGGGGUCGGCGUUGUAUCUUUAGGGGAUCAGGCGGAAAUAUUUUUUGACGCUUGAGACGAUUUUCAGGGAUCCUAGAAGGGAGAGAAUUGAAAGGAAAGGACUUUCGGGUGGGUUCCUCUUACGUCGGUAACGCUACCCGAGGCGAACUUGGAACUGCUAAACUGUGCGAUAUGAUUGACGAAAACGAUGUCUUCUAUUCUCUCCAUGUAUACUCGUCUAUCGUCU